GGGUGAGCGAGCGAGCAAUUGGUCCAAUUGUUAUUGGUAAUGCAGGUGUAUUCUUUUUCAUGCAUAUAAUUCAGCACCAUGCAAAUGUAAACAUAAGUUGGAACCGUCGUCAGCGCUCAAUCGCGUUAUUUCAGUUGUUGCUUUCAUUUGAACAUGUAAUUUAAUUUCGCGUUACUCGGUGAUUCCUCAGUUUCUGCAAUGACGCACAGCUUUAAAAGCUACAUCGACAUCAAAGAAGACCACUUCGGAGCGGAGGAACUGGAUCCGAAUGGCACCAAAAAGAACGUCGAGCAGUGCCAGCCGCGACUCCUUGAAGGCGAAGCUGUAACAGCGGCUGAAGAUAACGUUUUGCAGUUUGUUUCGUUGAGUGAGAGAAAACACGGCAGGUCCGGAACUCUGUUUGUUACUAACUUCAAACUGUCCUUUGUCCCUUGUGUGUCAACGGCGAAGGAGGGCCCUGAAUGCCAGAAAAGUAGGCUCCUCGGCGAGUUUGAUGUGAGCUUGUGCAACAUUGACUGCGUGUAUCAUAUCACUAGGGAAAAGAAACGGAAACUGAUCGGUGGUCAGAAUGUUUCCAGCAAAAUUAAAGGGCUUUUGAUUGUUUGCAAGAAUAUGCGCACCCUUACAUACAGCUUCAAGUUUUCCAGUGUGAACAGCGGAAAAAACAUAGCAAAUGCGCUGCUCCACUACGCUUUUCCCCGUAGACAUCACCUUUUAUUUGCUUACGACUACAGAGAACCAAAUUUGCGGAAAAGCCAUAGCGACAUUCUCUUGUUCCAAGAGCAGUCGGACUGGAUGCGGGAGCUAAAAAACUCCAACUGCGCAGGAUGGAGAAUAACGUCAUCAAAUACAUUAUACAACUUAUCUGCAAAUCUGCCUUCGUUUUUCGUGGUUCCUGAGAGCGCCUUGGACUGGCAGCUUGAGACUGCCUCAAGACACUUUCGAGACAGCCGGCCGCCCGUUUGGUGCUGGGGCACAACCGAGGGCGCAGCACUUGUGCGUAUGGCUGACAUGCUGCCUGGCAUCAAUGACAGGGUUCAGGAGAACAUAAUGCUGGAGCAGGUGCGCAAGGCGCACCCCAAAAAGCGGCAGCCGCAGAUUUUUGACCUGCAAAAGUCGCUACCCACACCAAGAGACCUGCAGAUCAGCUUUGGCAAGCUCAGAGACAUAUGCUCACCAGAAUCAGCCAGUCGCUUUUGGAACCAAGAUCAGGACUUUUUCGGCAGGAUGGAUUCAACUCGCUGGCUGCACUACGUGUCAGGUUGUUUGGCCAUUGCUCAACAGGCAGCAAACGCGCUUGCCUCUGGCGAAACGAUUGUUCUCCAAGAGGGAGAAGGUCGCGAUGUGUCGACAAUAGUCAGCAGUUUGGUCCAGCUUAUGUGCAAUCCAUCAUGCAGGUCAAUUUUGGGCUUCCAGUCGUUGAUCCAAAAAGAGUGGAUCGCUCUUGGGCAUCCUUUUUGCUCACGACUUGGCUUGAUCGCCGAAUCUGAUGUUGAUCAGUCUCCCAUGUUUUUGCUCUUCCUGGACUGCGUGUGGCAAAUUUUGAACCAAUUUCCUGGCAAAUUCGAGUUCACUGAGACGUACCUGACCACGUUGUGGGAUUCUUGUCACGUGGGCAUUUUCGACACUUUUCUCUUCAACAGCGAACGGGAUAGAGCUUACUCAGUCACGGACGCCCACAAUCCUCUACACUUGCGGUCAGUGUGGGACUGGGAGGAACAGUACGGACCGGAGGACAUCGCGCUAUUCCGCAACCCGCUGUACGCGCUGGAGGCGCCGGCACAAAGCAAUAAGCUGCACAUUUUGCCUGUCAGCUGCGGGCUGUCAGCGUUGGAGGUUUGGCAGCAGUGCUAUUGCCGGUGGGUGCCGAUGCUAGAGGUGCGCGGCGGCGGCCGCGUGCAGGUCAACUUCCAGGUGCGCCUGCUGGCCGACGAAAUCAUCGAGCUGAAAAAGAAGGCGGAUGCGUGGCGCCGCGGCCUCAGCCCAGACCGCGUGGCACCCUUUAAUUUUUCUGAGGAGCUUUUGUUUGCGUGUGACAGCGCCGUGCUGCGCGACCGCCUGCGAAACAACCCUGGCUCCUUUUUCCCUUUCAUGCACCACUCGGCGGUGAGCGCUGGCGAGGUCCUGCUCAGCACCAGCAUCCUUGGUGACGAAGAUGAGAUGGACGAGCGCGACUGCGGCCUCAACGAAUCCACCUACAGCCUCAGCACAGCCGUUUGAGCUGCUGGAGCUGAUCUACUGUAAGACAAUAAUUGCUGCAUACUGUUAUUACACGGAGUAACUCUGGUUAGCUGAUUGUUGGAUGGUUUUUCUCGUUUGCGGGAUGAUCAAAUCCAUGCUUGGUAAUUCAAUCUCAGAGUGUGUCUCAAAAAUUAAUUUCUAAAUUUGUAAAUUGGUCAAUUUUUUAUCACUUGUUGCGUAGCGCAAAAGUGUCGCAGCAAUUUUAGCACCAUGUUGGUGAGCUACUGAAUAUUCAGUGAGAGAUAUCUCAAACAAUGUGGGAUGCAUAAACUCUUCAAUGUUUUGGAUAUUUUGAACCUAGCCAAAUCAGAAAAAAGUUACGAAAUUUUGCUGAAUGAAAUCAUGACACCGACUUUGCUUAAAUUUUGAAGGGUAUGUUAGUAUUAUUUUGACAGACUUAAAAUUUCAUACAUAAUUAAAAUUGCUACAUAAUAAAAACUUAUAUAAAUUUUCAUCCUUUUCUGCAUAUUGUGUUUAAUUGAUGCACAUUCUGAGAAUCUUUCACGCCAGCUUUAAAUUAAUCAUUUGAAAAUGUUGCAUACUUAGUAAUUAUGUUUGACGAAAUAGCUUUGGAGCAAUCGAUUGACUGUUUCAAUUGAUAAACGGCGUACCAAUUAAUUUACAAAAGACUGCGCAGCGUUUUGUUGAUUCACUUGCAUAAUACUGUUAUGGAUUUAUGUUUGAAAAUACGGUAUCUAUUUAAUCUUCUACUCACGCAUGAGCACUACUUCAAACUUCCAACCUCAUGUGACAGUUUCAUCCUCAUACAGGUAGUGACAAAGUAAGUAAUACUGUUAUUGAAGUUUAACACUCUAAAUACCUCUUUCUCUCUCAAACACAUCUCUUGUUGUCGACUUAACAGAUUUUACUAACAAAGGUUGCCGACAAUAUUUUCAACCUCUUAAAACCAAAUUUCAGAGCUAAUCAAAUAAAAUAUCAAGUUCUUGAAUAUAAAUUUUACCUCUCUAUAUGAUAUAAAAUGCUAGCAUAAGUCGUUAUUACAGAGGAAGACCGUAUACAUAUUUUGGAAAUUUUAAAAUCUAAUGCGUUAGUUUGCUACGUGCCUUCUGAAACAACUUUCAUUCAUUCGCGGAAGAUGGAUCUAUCUUUUAAAAUUGAAAACCUGUUGUUGCUACAUGUUAACAGAGAGAAAUAUUGCGAACCCAUCACCUGGGCAGCUUAUUUUAUUUAUUAGGUCGCAAAGAACCAUGUAUCGUUUUGCAAGAAUAUAAAUGCAGAAAAUACGUAAAGCGGCAAAUGGCAAAUCGAUUGACUUGCUAUUUGUUGCGCAAAAACAAACCAACAAGAAAUUGCGUUUAAAUUUAGAGACAAUCGCCUCUAUCCAUUUCAUUUGUGAUGUUGCACAGCUUUUUGCACGAGUUUUGAGUUGAAAAUGUAAUGCGUAAUAAAUAUUAGAAACAUCGCUAAACAUCAAAGUUUUUGUAGCAUUUCUAGUCUCGUUAUUUAAGCUAGACAAAUUUAAAGUACGAAAAGUUUAAAUUAUUUUAGGUAGACGCACCAAUUACUUUCUUUGAUCUUCAAAUGUAACAAUGUCAAACUAACUACCAAAACGUUUGUUCUCAUUUGUCAAAUUUGUAUUGUUGUUAUUGCUGUAUUCAUUUUACCGAAAGUUGUAAGUUUGCACUAUUAUGUAACAUGGCAUACGUGAAAUAAAAAAUGCGUUAAAAUAUUAAGAUAAAUUAAA